AUGUCUACCAACAACUCUGUGGACCUGUUGGAUUUAAACACCUCUGACACCAACCAGAUGUGUGACGUCUUUGUCUACCAGAGAGCUGCCUUCAUCAUCUUCCCAAUCUUCUACUCUCUGGUGUUCCUCAUCAGUUUCUGUGGCAACAGCCUUGUCCUGUAUGUGACCUGCCAGAAGAAGCAGAAGUUCAACUCCACGUCUCUUUACCUGGUCAACCUGGCUGUGUCUGAUGCAUUGUUCACAUUGGCACUGCCAGGGAGAGUCACUUACUACAUCAGACAGUUUGACUGGCCCUUUGGGGAUUUGCUCUGCAGGCUGGCUACUUUGCUGUUCUUUACAAACACAUACUCAGGCAUUGCCUUCAUGACAUGUAUCAGUCUAGACCGGUACCUGGCCAUGGUCCAUCCACACCGGCUACAGUACCUGCGGCGAGUCAAAGUGGUCCGAGGGGUCUGCUGCCUCGUCUGGCUACUGGUGUCUCUGGAAACCGCCCCCCUGCUUUUCCGUACCAUGCUCCAUGACCACAGAGGCCGACGAACCUGCAUGGAGUACUUCACCUUUGAGGGUUCUCGCUCCACCCCUUACCUUCUCCUCCUGGCCUGUACUGUCUCCUUCUGUCUCCCCCUACUGGUCAUCCUUGGGUGUUACACCCGGAUCAAUCUGAAAUUGAGCCGCACGGCCAAACAGAACCCACUGACGGGCCGCUCGGGUCGGAGCCGCAGAUCCAACAAUAUCAUCCUCCUCAUCCUCCUCACCUUCGUCCUGUGCUUCAGCCCCUACCACCUCAACAUCAUGCAGUUCAUGCUGAGGAAGAUGCUGGGACAGCCCACGUGUGACGAGCUGCGGUCAUUCAAGGCUUCCCUACAGGUGACUGUCUCCAUGAUGAACCUUAACUGUUGUCUGGACCCUGUCAUCUACUUCUUUGCCAUUAAGACGUACAAGCAGAGGGUGAUGAGUCUGUUCAAGGGCUACCUGUCUACCCCUGCCCCCUUCUCCAAAACCACCACAGACAACAGCAGCAGCAACACCUAAACAUCAACACCUGAGUGACACCAGUAGGAAGAGACUGUGGUAUGUCUUUAUUAAACCAGAAAGAAGUCGAGGAAGCCAUUGAAGGUGAUUGCAUCUGGUUGAUUUCUGCAUCCAAGGUUUGAUUUGAGGUGUGAUAAUGGGUGUUAUAUUUGUGUACCAAACUGAGAAUUUAGUUUUGUGAAAGUGAGCAAAGAGUUAUCAGGCUGGAACCUACAGU